AACAACACUCAAAUUCCUCCAUUAACAUCCUCAAAUUCAUUUUCACCAACAUUCUCCUUCAAUUCUUUUUAUUUUUCUCCAUUAACACCGUCAAAGAAUAAUCACUAAGAUACUAAAUUAAAAUUUUUCCUCCAUUAAACACCAAACUUUCAUGAGGUACAACACCCACUGUAGUAUUAAAAUCAGUUGAAUUAACAGCGAAAUUUCCAAAGUAGCAGCAAAUUGAGAGCUACUGCUUCAGUUCCAGUUUCUGCAAAAGUCGUCAUUCGUGUGUAUAUACAACUGUCGCACCUCUUGUUGGGUGAUGGUGUGGGUUGGAUCAAUUCGGCAGCCAUUAUCGUUGUUGGUUCUACUUGGCCGGAGUUAUUCGUCAUUGUCAAGGACCCAGAAACAACUGGACUCAACAUGAAAUCAAGUCUAUUUAUGAUUCCCCAUUCCUCAAUCUCCUCUUUCAUGGCGUACCUACUUUUCUCCUUUUCACCUCUAUUCUUUAAUUGUCUUUACCUAAUUCCUGCUCUACAUUUCAUAAAUAAGCCAAAUAAAAUUAUUCUAUGUUGUUUUUUCCCUGACUUAUGAGGUUUGCCAGAGUGAUUUUGUUUUAAUUUUGCCUUAAUUUGAGCUAAUUUGCAGUUGAUUCUUAGUUUAUAAGGGGUGUUUAGUAUGAGAGAAUGGAAAACUUUUUUUAUUUCCUUGAAUUGUGUAGAAUAUGGACGGGGUGGGGGGUGGACGGGGUGGGGGUGGAUGAGAGAAAGAAAGAAGUGGGGGAGGAGGGGGGGUUUGAAGAAGAUAGAAAGGGGGAGGGUAUAUUUCUUUUAUUUAAAAUAGAGAAGAUACCUUAUUAUUCCUUGAACUAUUUGGUUGUGGCACAGCUUAACUUAACGGUCUCUAUUAUCCCUGAACUAAUUAAAAGUGUAAUUUUGACACCUUUAGUACCUACAUGAGAUAUACGUGGCACACACGUGUGCCUACGUGGACACUUUAGUGUGUUGUGCCACGUAGGUGCUAAGGGUGUCAAAGUUACACUUUUAAUUAGUUCAGGGGUAAUAUGACCCCCUUUAAGUUGAGGUGUGUCUCUGCCGUUUUGGGUAUAGUUCAGGAGGUAAUGAGGUAUUAUCUCUUUGAAAUAUUUAAAAAUAUUUAUAUAUAUAUAUAUAUAUAUAUUUCUUUCUCUCAUCCACCCCCACCCCGUUCACUCCAACGUGGUGCUGAUGUGUGGGCGAGUGUAACACACUCUCCGUGUUAGAGUGGUAUUAUUAUAUAUUAAGGGGUGAAACUAAUACAGUUUAAAGAUGUUAAGGGGUAAAUAAAUGGAAGUUAAGUUUAAGUGUUAAAGUAAGUUAGUGAAAAAGUUCAGGGAGGAAAAAAUGUCUUUUCUUUAAUUUUAAUGCAUAGAUAAAUCCUCUCUACCCACUAACCGGUAACAGUUAACCCAAACGAGCCCCUAUAGUUUUAAUAUCUUGUAUGCAAAAAUCCACACCAAGAUUUACAAAGACUAGCCAAGAAACAUGGUCCUAUUAUGUAUUUGCGAUUAGGACUAGUACCUACGACCAUUGCCUCGUCCGCUGAUGCAGCUGAGAAAUUUCUCAAGACAUAUGAUCACAUCUUUGCUAGUAGGCCUCAUCAUGAGGCAUCUCAAUAUUUGGCUUAUGGCCAAAAAAAUAUGAUAUUUGCAAAGUAUGGUGUGUAUUGGCGUAACAUGCGGAAAUUGUGCACAGUGCACCUUUUGAGCAAUCACAAGAUCCAUUCGUUUCAAUCCAUGAGAAAGCAGGAAGUUGAACUUCUGAUUGAAUCUCUAAAAGAGGAAGCUCGUGAUCGUGUAGCUCUUGAUCUUAGUGCAAAGAUUACAUCCUUGAAUGCAAACUUGACUUGCUUAAUGGUGUUUGGGAAGAAGUACAUGGAUGAGGACUUGGACAAGAGGGGAUUCAAAGCUGUUGUUCAAGAGGUCGUGCGUUUAUCAACCGCACCAAAUCUUGGAGAUAUUUUCCCCCUCAUUGGUGUUAUUGAUCUCCACGGUCUCACUCGCAAGCUCAAGGAUCUUUCAAAGGUAUUUGAUGAGUUUCUUGAGAAGAUUAUUGAUGAACAUGUCGAGGAUCAUGACCGGAAGCAAACCAAGGACUUUGUGGACACCAUGAUGGACAUAAUGGAAUCCGGAGAAGCAGAAUUUCAGUUUGACCGUUGUAAUAUAAAAGCUAUACUCUUGGACAUGCUUUUUGCUGUAAUGGACACUACUGCAUCAUCAGUGGAGUGGAUACUCACAGAACUUCUUAGGCACCCCGAAGUGAUGAAGAAGCUACGAAAGGAGUUGCAAGAAGUUGUAGGACUUGAAAGAAUGGUAGAAGAAUCCGACCUGGAGAAUUUAAACUACUUAGACAUGGUUGUAAAAGAGUGCAUGAGGAUGCAUCCUGUAGCGCCACUAUUUUAUCACGAGUCCAUGGAAGAUUGUGUUGGCGAUGAUCUCCACAUACCAAAGGGAUCCCGAAUCCUGGUAAACUGUUACGAUGUUCAGAGGGAUCCAAAUGUUUGGCCUGAGCCUGACAAGUUCUUGCCUGAUAGAUUUCUUGAAAGCAGUAUAGAUUUUUUUGUAUUACAAAUUAGUGUAUAUUUAGUGCUUUCUUAGUUUUACUUAGUUUUACUAAGUCUAGGUGUUAGUUCCUAAAUGUUUGGGAUAGGUUAGAGUCAAUAACAAAGUAUACCAGUACUUUGGUAUGGGAGUAUUUUUUUCCAGCACUUUUAGGGUGUAAGUUGUACUACUUUAGGAGUUAGUUAUAUAUCCUCUUUCUGUUGUAUUCUUUUAACGUAAGCCUUCAAUAAAAGUUUUAGUUUAUUCUCCAAA